CCUGGCGCGAAUUGUCCGUGCCACUACGGUAUACCUAAUCGCUUGCAUUGCAUCAGGUUCCCUCUCAAAAGAGUCUUACUAUUAGUUUUACAUGCAAGCUCCAGAAGCGCCAUUGCUUUGAAAGAAGGGCAGAAGUUUUCUGUAGUGAGCCUGCCACACAGAGCUGCACUUACCUACAGCAGAGCCAGUUUACGGGUUGACUGGUGUCUAAUCCUAAACAGGAGGACAGGUUUCUUAUGAUUCUAAAAAGUUGCAAAACGGUGUGGUUUUAGCAGCAUUGUGCUGGAUGCCUUAAGGCAUGGCAGUGCGUGACGGGAUGACACAAGGUCUCAGCAAGAGUUUCCUUCACUCUGUCUGCUGCAAAUGCAGAACUUGCAGAUUGCAGCUUCUUGGGCUGCUGCUUUUGGCACUUUUCGCAAUCACUUAUGCAGGGCCAGAUCAUUACAAGACCCUUGGAGUUGACAAGAGCGCAAGUCAGCGCGACAUCAAAAAGGCCUUUCACAAGCUUUCAUUAAAGUAUCAUCCAGAUAAGAACCCUGGGAACGAGAAGGCCGCAAAGAAGUUCACUGACAUCAGCGCUGCGUACGACACAUUGUCCGACGAGAAGAAGCGUCAGAUCUACGACCAGUACGGUGAAGAAGGUUUGAGUGGGGGGGCAGCUCAAGGAGCGCAUGCCCAGCCAGGCGCAGGGUUCCAUGGGGGAGGUUUUCCAGGGGGAGGACGUACCCAGUACACGUUCCAAAGUGGGGGCGGGGGUCCCGAUCUCGGAGAUAUUUUCAGCACCAUUUUCGGGCAGGCGUCUCGGGGGAAGCAAGGAUCUUCGUUCGGGUUCGGAGGAGGUGGCGCCAGUGCUGGGAGGGGCGGCGGCGGAGGUGGAGGCAUGUUUGAGAACUUGUUCGGCGGUUUUGGCGGUGGCGGUUUUGGCGGGGGCCAGCAACGGGGAAACACGUGGGACUCGCUCAAGCACGUGGAGAAGCUCACCGGAGCGACGUUUGCGGACAAAGUCCAGGGGCCCGAGAACGAGAUGUGGGUUGUGUUGUUCUACCUGCCGCAGAGCCAAGAGAGCGCGGCGCUAAAGCCCGAGCUCGAGCGCACCGCGAAGGAGUUAGACGGCCUCGUCAAGUUCGGCGUCGUCGACUGCCAGGCGGAACGCGCGCUCUGCCAGGAGCGUGACGUCGGUCACGUGCCCACCGUGCACUUCUACCAGCCGGGGAAGAAGGCGGGGACGGUCUUCACGGGGGAGCCGACCGGGGCGGCGAUCAAGAAAUUUGCGGUGGCCAACAUUCCAAACCACUCGAUCAAGCUGGAUGAGAGCAACUUCGAGCGGCGGUUCGGUCGGUCCCCCAACCUCCCCCGGGCGGUGCUUUUCACGAAGAAGGCCUCCACGCCCGCCAUGUGGCGCACUCUGAGUGGGCGCUUCCUGGACCGCGUCGUCCUGUUUGAGAUUCAGGUCGACGACGCCGGACAGUCCGAGCUCGCCGCGCGCUUCAGCGUCCGCAAGAUUCCUUCAAUCGUCGGACUCCUCCCGAGCGGGGACCUCGUUCCGUUCACCGGCGACACCAAAAAAGUGUCCGCAAUUUCCAAGUGGAUGGCCGAGCUUCAGAAGAAGGCCGACGCGCAGCAGAAGAGCGGGCUGAGCGCGGUCCCGGUUCUGAACAAGGUGACGCGGGGGGCGGUCUGCGGGGGGGACGUGCCGGUGUGCGUGAUCGCGGUGGUGCCGAGGGGGAAGGAGAAAGUAGGGCGGGAGCUUUUGGCAGAGGUUGCGCGGAAUAUUCAGUCCGGACGAAGGGCGGGCGCUUCUUCGCUCGGCUUCGCUCUACUUGACGAGAAAGCACAGCCCGGCUUCUUGACGGCGUUCCCAGAGGCGCGAGCUGCGAAAGGAGUACCGAAGUCUGAGAUUUUGGUCUUAGCUUACAAACCGAAAAGGCAACGGUACGCCUCUUAUAUCGGUAAAGCAGAUCCGGCUGGCGUGGAAGACUUCGUUUCGAGGGUACUCAGCGGAGACGCAGCGUUUCAUAAAACAAAGCACGAACCCGUCCUGAAGUGAGUUUGCCAAAGCCUUGAUUUUGAAACU